AUGACCAUGUUUACAAUCGUCCAACGUGCCCUCCCGCCGCUGUCCCUCCCCUGGCGACGCCGAAGUAGCCUAAAAGGCAAAUCACCAGAGACAGACUUUGACCUCACCAACAACGGCACCGACACCGAACCGAACGGCCCAAACGCCGAACACAUUGCAUCUACGGACCUGCACAGUGACGUCUCGCCAUCAAGUCCCCUGCAGGCCCAUCUAGCGGUGAGAGACGAUGCACGCGAGUCUGCAGAAUUUCUCCAACCAAUAUGUGCCACUCCGAGUAAUAUGUCUGAAUUGGAAUCGGAUUCGACUUCCGCGCGCUGCUCUCGUUCCACUGAGAAGGCUCGUUCGGCGCGGGCUGAGUGUGCUCGUGCUGUUAGUUGGGCGAGUAUUGUCCGCAGUCAAUGCCGGUGGACAUUCGAGCAGGAGAAAGAGCUCCUGCAUGCACAGAGGCAGCUAGCGAGGUGUCAGAAGGCCUGGAGCUCGGAGCAGGAGUUGUGGUUGACUUGUGUUCAAGCCCUGAGUGAAGAAAAAGAAUCCCAUGUAGGUUUCCUCUCAAUGCGACAUAAGCAACACUACGAAGAGCAAGUGCAAUUUCGAAAGGCCUGGAGGCGACGGCGAUCGUCAUCUGGGGAUGAAGAGAUGCAGAAGACCGUGAUCGAGAAUUUCAAUCGAUCGGGUAAAUUACGUCGCUUGCAGCGGCAUGGCUAUUUGGGGCCCCGGUUGGGCACGACUGGAUCGACGCCUGUGGCGGCUAAGGCGUAA